AUGAAAUUCAAAACAUUUCCUAUAGAAAAAUUAAAUAUAAAUACUCAUAAAUUAUCUUAUAUAAUUUUAGAAAAGGAAAUAAAUAAUAAAAUUAAUUAUAUAUUAAAUCUUAUAAUAUUUGAUACAAACAAGAAAAGUAAUUGCAUAUAUAGAAAUGAAUAUAUAGAUUAUAUCAAUAAUAAUUUAUAUAAAUUAGAAGAUAAAAGUCACAUAUUUCGCGAUUCAAUAAACAAUUUACAUAUCAAAUGGAGAUAUUACAACAAAAUUUCAAUUAAUGUAUUAAAAGAAUAUGUUAAGUUAUUUUAUAGAAAAAAAAAAAAUUCAAACUUUUUUUCUAUAAAUGAGGAACUUAUAAAUAUAGAAAAAAAAGAGUGUCAUAAACAAAAUAAAGACAAAAAUGAUGUUAAAUUAAUUAAUGAAGUGAUUAAUGAAAAUGAAAAAUUGAAUAACGUCAAUAGAAUUACUCAUAAAAACAUAGUCUAUAAAAAUAUAUUAAGUCGAAAAUCGAUUGAAAGUAAAAAUAAAAGAGAAACUGAAAAUUCAUGUAUUAAUAGUUCAAACGAUUAUUAUGUCAAUUUUUAUAAAGAUAUAAAUAUAAAUGAUAUUAAAUACAUUUGGCUAAAACAUUUAUUAGUAAUUUUUAAGUUACUAAUUGAAUGCAAUUUAAAAGUUGAUGAUAAAAGAAAAUUGGAUAUCACUAGGGUAAUUACAAAUUUCCUCAAAAAUAAUAAUAUUAACAUAAAUACUGAUUUGUAUUUUUCUUAUACUUAUUUACUAUCUAAAAUUAACAUGAUAGAUAAGGAAUUAGUAAUAUUAAUGUGUAAUAAUGUAAAAGACGAUUAUAAGUUUUUAAGUUCAUUGAACAAAUAUUAUCUUUUCAGUUGCAUACAUAAUUUUGAUUUUUCAUCCAAGAAAUUUCAACAAAUUAUAAAUUAUUUAAAUCACUAUUUUUAUGAAUUAAUAAAAGAAGAAUAUAUAAAUAUAAAAAGAUAUAGUUACUUUAAUGAAAAAAAUGAAACAUCAAAUAAAGAUUCGUUAGAAGAAAAAAAAAAAGAUAGUUGUCUUAAUAAUAAUCAAAUUUUCAAAGAAAUGCCCGUAAAUUGUAUAAAUAAACUCAUAGCACCUUCAAUUUCAAAAAAUAAAAGUGAAGAAUUUAUAAUUAUAAAUAAUUAUUUAUUUGAUAUUUAUGAAAAUUUAUAUAAACGUAAAAAAUACAUAUCAUAUGUAGACAAAAUUAUAUUUCAAUAUAUAAUAAAUGAGGAGUUGUUAAAAUAUAAUAAAAUACAUUUAAAAAUAUUUAGAAGUAUAUUAAAAAUAUGCAAUAAAGAUAUGUUACAUUAUUUAUUUAAAAAAAUAAUAGAAAACAUAGAAAGCUAUGACACUUCGGAAAUAUAUAAUAUGUUCAGGUAUUUUAUAAAAAGUAAAAGUGAAUUUUUUCAAGAUUUUUUAUUAAUUUUGAAAGACAAGAAUUUUGAAAAUAUGAAUAUAAAAUAUUUAAUAUACUUAUAUAUAUCUAUAAAUAGAAUUUUAGCCAAAGAUUUUAAAAAAAACAAAAAAAAAAAAAACUCAUUUUCUAUUCAAAAUUAUUAUAUAGAAGAAUUUUCAAGUAUAAAUUAUGAUGAGUAUGAUAAAUUAAUAAAUGAAAUUAAUAUUGAGAAAAAAAAAGAAGAGACAACAGAUAGUUUAGAUGCAAAUAAUUUAAUAAGGAAAUGUGAGGAUUUUUUUAAUAAUGAAUCAGAAAUGGAGAAUAAUAAUUUAAAAGUGAUAAGUGAAUGCUUAGAUAUUAUCAACAGUAUCAAUGAGGAAAUGAUUACUGUUUUAAUAAAAAAAAUUAACUAUUUAAAUUCUAAUAACAUAAUAACUAUAUUAUAUAAUACCUGUUCCAUAUUUUUUGAAAAACAAAUUAUUUUUGUGAAUAAAUUGUUUUCACAGUUAUAUGAAGAAAAUUAUAUAAUUAUAAACUUUUUGCAUAUAUAUAAUAAAUUAUUUUACAAUUUCGUUUUUUAUUACAACAAACAGGAUAAUAAUAUAAAAUUAAUGAAUCUUAUGGAUAAUAUUAAAGAAAAUAUGAAAUUAAUUUCUGUAUAUGAAAAAAAAACUGAAAUUGGUUUUAAUUAUAUCAAGAAACGUUAUUAUAUAAAUGAACAUAUUUUAAAUGAUAUUAGUAAAUAUACGAUAAUAUUAAAUAUCUAUGAUAAAUUUUUUUUAGAUACAUUUAUGUACUAUAUAUAUUUAAACAGUGAAAAAUCUGAAGUAUACAAAAAAAAAUUAAUUUUGCUUAUCAUUCAUAUAUACACCCACUUUCAAUUUAUAUUUUUUAAUAGUAGUAAUAGAAUUCUUCCAAUAAAUAUACUAGAAUUAAUUUUUAACUAUAGUCAACGUAUUAUAAAAAACAUAAAUAUAUAUAUUAACGCCAUUAUAUGUGCAUUAAGAUUCACAGAAAAAAGGAAAAUUUUUAAAUCAAAUAAAAAUGAAAAUAAAUCAAAUAUGAAAGAUAGCAAUUUUUGUAAACAUCAUGUACUUAAUAGCUCAAGUUACGAUAUAAACCUAUUACUUUAUAAUCUUUUUAAUGAAAAUGAAUUUAAUAUAAAUAGUUUAAAUAUCAAUGAAAAUAACGAUUCAAACAUCUUGCACAUCAAUGUAAAUAACAAUUUUGAUAAUACACUUUCAGCAAAUGUAGAUGAAAAUAUUAAUAAUAAUUUUGAUAAGAAGUUUUCUAGUAUUAUGAAUUAUAAUUUACAAGAUAAUAUAAAUAAUACCAUAAGUAAUAUAAGAAACUUCCUUUUUAUAGCUCAAUAUAUAAAUUACAUUUGUUCUUAUAUUUAUAUUAGAACAAAUUCAAGCGAAAGUUUAUCUAUUAAAGAAAACCUAAUAUACAUCUGUUUGAGUCUACUGAAAUAUAAUAAAGAAAAUACAUUUGUUAUAAAUAAUAUUUUUAAAAUAUUGAAAGGAAUGAAUUCAGAUGAUAUGUGUAAAAAUAUUAUUUUUAUAAUUGCUUUAGAUUAUAUUCACAAAUAUUGCAACAUUAAAGGGAUACUUAUUAAGUUAUUUCGUUUUUUAAAAAAAGAUGAUAUCAGAAAAAUAUCCUCUUUUAAUAUACCAUCUAAUAAUACCAAUCUUAAAAUUCUAACAAGAUAUUUAAAACAUUUGGAAAAAAGAUGA